GCCGUCGGCGUAAGAGACAGAGAGAGAGAUUUGAGUAUUUUUGAGAGAGAGAGAGAGAGAGAGAGAGAGAUGGUGUCUUCAUCGCCGGUGGUGAAUACAUACCCUCUGUCGAGCUAUACCUUCGGAACGAAGGAGCCGAAGAUGGAAAAAGACACUUCUGUUGCAGAUCGUCUUGCUCGAAUGAAAGUCAACUAUAUGAAAGAAGGUAUGCGGACGAGUGUGGAAGCAAUUCUGCUGGUUCAGGAGCAUAACCAUCCCCAUAUACUUCUCUUGCAAAUUGGAAAUACCUUCUGCAAACUUCCUGGUGGACGUUUGAAGCCUGGAGAAAAUGAAAUCGAGGGCUUGAAACGUAAAUUGUCCAGCAAACUUGCUGCUAAUGCAGCUACUCUUCAGCCAGAUUGGCAGAUUGGAGAGUGUGUAGCCAUCUGGUGGAGGCCAAACUUCGAAACAAUUAUGUACCCAUACUGCCCUCCACACAUAACAAAACCCAAGGAGUGUAAGAAGCUUUUCCUUGUUCACCUGUCCGAAAGGGAGUAUUUUGCGGUGCCGAAAAACCUGAAACUGCUUGCUGUUCCACUGUUUGAACUCUACGACAAUGUUCAGAGAUAUGGGCCGGUUAUCUCCACUAUCCCACAACAACUAUCCAGAUUCCAGUUCAACAUGAUCAAUGCAUGAGAAUGUGGGAGAAUGGUAGAAUCAUUGUCUCAGGCCGAAAUAUUCUUAAAUCAAUCAGCAGAUAGGUUCUUCAGGCGGGGUUGGUGGUUUUGCAGGUAGAAAUCAUAUGACAGAAGCUAAUUUGUCUUAAGUUUAUGAUUAUGCAUUUGGACAGCAUGUAUCUGUUUGGUCCUCUUGGUUUAGUCUUUAUCCACAUGUUUUCUUUUUGUAAACUUGCUGACCUGAUUUGAGUUUUAUACACUCUUGUACGAAUGUGGGCCCCUACCUGUUGUGGGGUCAGCUAUAGAGAUGACACCUAAUGUGCUCAUAUUGAGGUGUAGGCUCACAUAGGAUUGGUAGAGAUGUAUGAGUUGUCUAUCAAAACCGGUGUAAGAUGGAAGUUGGAUUGAUGAUAGUAUUGGUAGAGAUGUAUGGGAAUUAUGUGGGAGUCUGUAAUCAGGAGAGCUUCUGAUCAGUGCUUGUGCAUCCAUGUAAUUUUAUUUUUUUUCUGAAAAAGAAAAAAAAGGGUCCUGAUAUUCUAACA